ACGGCAUCUACAAACACUUCAAACCAAAUGAACACAUGUCCCUGCAGAUGCAGGUACCACCUCACGGCAGCGGCAAAGGGCUCAGCACCUGUAUGCUCUGCAGCUUCCCGGCCCCCAAUGAGAACAUCCUCAAGGAGCACAUGAAAUACGCCCAUUCCCACAUCUCCUGGGACACAGAGGUAUAUGAGGAUGAUCCCAAUCAACCAGGAACUAGCAGAGAUGCCUACAGCCCUGCCAGGCCAGGCCGGUUUGCAGAGGCGGAUUAUUUCGGCAAAGCAGACCGGCUUCUCCCUCCACCUCACCGAGAAAGCACAUCGCAUUAUGAAGCGGUUCACGGUUUUGCCCUAACUCACCCGAGACUCGAUAAAAGCAACGGGGCUAGUAAAAAGGACUACCAGACAUCAGGGUUUCAUGCCAGGAAAGCAGCUCCGUACGCUGCCCCGCAUAAAAACCUGGGGUUGUCCGGUUUUUCCUCUGCUAAAGCUUAUUCCCAGUUUGCUCUGCAGCAGCUGAAAAAAAAAGCAGCAGCUCAGCACCUUGAAGGAGAAGGCGACGGUCUCAGGAGCCACCCGACGGGGCUGGAAGAGCUCAGGCACAAGUGGAUGUUGGCCAACGACGCUGGGAGCAUGGAAGAGGAGAUCUCCGUAAGCACAGAAGUAGAUUUGAGCGAGAACAGAGGCAUCAAACCCGUCACCAUCCCUCAAGCUGCCUUGGACCUCAAGAGGACCUUCAGAGACACCUUGAAAGCCACGGACUCUUCGAUAGCUUCGGAGGAGCAGCAGCAGCAGUUGCGGAAGAUGGUCCCCAUCGUCCUCCUGGAGGAAGUGAACCUGCACCCCAAGGCGACGAAGCGGCCCCGGGGGAAGCCGUUCAAGAAGAAAACAACGCUCCCUUCCCGGGAAUUCAUGAUGGAAGAGCCCCUUCCCUUGGAUAUGCUCCUACUGGAUUCUCCUCUGGAGGGUCCUCUGGAGCUCGAUGACCUCUUGGACUCCGACUCACCCAUGCUGAAGAACGAGGAGAGGAAGUGUCCCUACUGUCCAGACAGGUUUCACAACGGGAUCGGGCUGGCGAACCACGUGCGGGGCCACCUUAACAGGGUGGGGGUGAGCUACAACGUCCGUCAUUUCAUCUCAGCGGAAGAAGUGAAAGCUAUUGAGCAAAAAUUUUCCUUCCAAAAGAAGAAGAAAAAAGUUGCAAACUUCGACCCGAGUACUUUCAGCCUGAUGCGAUGCGAAUUCUGCGGGGCCGGUUUUGACACGCGAGCGGGUCUCUCCAGCCACGCCAGAGCCCACCUGAGAGACUUUGGUAUUACCAACUGGGAGCUCACCAUCUCACCCAUCAACAUCCUCAAGGAGCUGUUGGCCAACUCAUCGGAGCAUCCGAUGCUGCAAGCGGCGAUGGGAGCGGAGCCCUCGUCCCCCAGCCGAGAAAGGGAAGCUCACGGCUUCGUGCCUCACAAGAGCAUGACUCCCAUGUCCGAGUGCAGCAUUCCACGGUCUCCUCUGUCCCCGUUCCCCCCGUCCUGGGGAGAUGAGUCCCUGCAGUCCUACAGAGACGUCCUGGCUCCGGAAGAGGAAGAACUGGUGGCCAUGGAGGUGGGUUCACCCUCUCUCCCGAAAAAAAGCGCUCCCGCCGGGCAGCUGGAUCAACCCCCCACCAGGAUAGGGACCAAACUGUCUCCUGAGCCACCUGGGAGCAAACCAGAGCCUCAGGACUCCAAAACCCAGAACCUUACGACGUGCGAAGUGUGUGGCGCCUGCUUCGAAACCCGCAAAGGCUUAUCCAGCCAUGCCCGUUCUCACCUACGGCAACUCGGCGUAGCCGAAUCGGAGAGCAGCGGGGCUCCCAUCGAUUUGCUUUACGAACUGAUGAAACAAAAAGGCAAACCCGACGGCAGCCCCAUGUCUCCCACCCUCGGCAAAAAAUCCGGUUCCCCCAAAGACGCCACCGCCGGUUCCCCUCGACCCACGCUCCUGGCGCUCGGCAAGGCCGGCGAUCGCCCGUCGGACGGUCCCAUUAAUAAAGCCAUCAAAUCCCCUCCCGGCUUCUCAAAAAACCUCUCGCAACCGGGAUCCCCCAUCCUUAAGAAGGUGCCGCCUGCUCUUUCGGGGUCCCCGUCUUCGAAAAACCCCGAGGAGAAGAGCUCUAAGCUCUCGCUGAGCCCUCUGCAGAACUCCCCAAAAGCACAGUGGCCGCAGGCGGAUGAGGAAGGACCCCUCAAUUUAACCUCGGGGUCGGAGCCGGUGCGAGACAUCCGCUGCGAGUUUUGCGGCGAAUACUUCGAGAACCGCAAAGGUUUGUCGAGCCACGCUCGAUCUCACCUCCGACAAAUGGGGGUGACCGAGUGGUACGUCAACGGUUCGCCCAUCGACACGCUACGGGAGAUCCUCAAACGGAGAACCCAACCGCGGAGUAGCGCCUCGAAUCCCACCGGUCCCGGGCAAAAAGCCAUGGCCAAGACCCUCUUGGGCAGCAUGGGAUCCUUGGAGCCACGCGGUCCCGGAGAGAUUCACAUCCCCACCCUCACCAAGAAGGUCCAGCAACCCGGCAGCCCCAUGGGGCAAUCUCCUACCUCGUCCCCACCUCCCACCGCCCGGAAGAUGUUUCCAGGCCUUUCUCCUCCCUCCUUGCAGAAGAAACUCAAACAAGAUCAACUGAGGGUGGAAAUCAAGCGGGAGAUGAUGUCGGGAGGACUCCAUGGAGAACCUCACCCGUCCGACCGAGCCUGGUCCCCGCGGGAGGAGAUGUCUCCCUUGAACCUCUCCUCCCGAGCCGACCCGGUGCGAGACAUCCGCUGCGAAUUUUGCGGCGAAUAUUUCGAAAACCGCAAAGGUUUGUCGAGCCACGCUCGAUCUCACCUCCGACAAAUGGGGGUGACCGAGUGGUCGGUCAACGGUUCGCCCAUCGACACGCUACGGGAGAUCCUCAAGAAGAAAUCCAAACCCUGCGUUAUCAAGAAGGAACCGCACACCUCCAGCAUCGAACCCCCUAAAUCUAUCGGGGAGGAAGGGACGGACCCCAAGUCCCCCGGAAAAAUCCUACAGGGCAUGGCUCUGCCUCCCCUGGGCGGGCGGACGGGGAAACCCGGCGCCGGCGGUUCCGCCUUGAACCGGGAGAUCUCCUUGUCGCCUCUCACCAGCAAACCCCAGGGCGGUUUCCUGACGCCGUUGUCUGCCAAACGGCCGUUACAGGACGAUCGGUUGGGUCCUCACGCCGAAGUCAAGCACAAGGCGUACAUCCAGACCGAGCUGCCCUUCAAAACCAAGUCCGUGCACGACAAACCUGCGCACACGUCCAGCGAAGCCUGCUGCGAGCUGUGCGGCCUCUACUUCGAAAACCGCAAAGCCUUGGCCAGCCACGCGCGGGCGCAUCUCCGGCAAUUCGGCGUCACCGAAUGGUGCGUUAACGGUUCGCCCAUCGAGACCCUCAGCGAAUGGAUCCGACAUCGACCCCAAAAAGCCGGCGCUUACCGGAGCUACAUCCAAGGCGGACGACCCUUCACUAAGAAAUUCCGUAACUCUUCCCACGCCCGGGAUCACGACGGCGGCGCUCGACGGAUGCCGCUCAGCCUUCAAGCCGGUGGCGUGACCCUUCUGAGCAAAGGAUUGACGGGAGAUUUGGCUCACGGCGAUGCCGGAAAAAUCCUGGAUGGGGGAAGCAGCGAGUUCGAGCGGAGACAAGCCAGACCCCUGGACGCUCCGCUCCACCGGGAAGAGGAAGGGGCCGAAUUCCAACAGAAAAUGGAGGAGACGCGGCAGCCGCCGCCGCGGAUGAGGCCGGUGCCGUCCCUGGUCCCUCGCCCGCCGCAAACCUCCUUGGUGAAGUUCGUGGGGAACAUCUACACCCUCAAAUGCAGGUUCUGUGAGGUGGAAUUCCAAGGUCCCCUCUCCAUCCAGGAGGAAUGGGUACGGCAUCUCCAGCGACACAUCCUGGAAAUGAAUUUCUCCAAAGCGGAUCCUUUACGGGGCGAAGCUCCCCCCGCAUCCGAACCCCCCGCCCUCGCCGAGGCUCAGUAACGGGAGCCCAAACCCCCGGCUCUCACCGUGACGGAGCCGGCACGGGGAAGCGACCGCGGAUGUCGCCGGAACAUCCUCACCCCCCUCUUCCUGCAUCCACAAUUCCUUAUUUUUUCGGGGAAGGGGGCGGGGAUCGAUCGCUACCUUCACCCCUCCGGAGCUGCUCCCGCCCCGUUCAGGGGGGACAAUCCCGGCCACAAGCACUACAUGGAUCAAGACAACCCUCGGCGAUCCCACGGGAGCCACGCGGCAUUCGGGAUCCGGCACCGGAUCGGGGAGGGAACGACUCGGUGCCGGUCCCACCAUGGGGCAGGGGGGGAAUUUUCCCCCUUCCCUCACUUCCCAAAAUCCUUUUUUUUUUUUUUUAAUUUUUUUUUUUUUAACCCAAAGAACAAACGGUGCCGCCUUUACCGGCGGCAAUUCGGGAUGGAGCCGGGAUGGAGGGGAAUUUCAGGGAGCAGCCGCGUUCCCGGAAAACGCUGUGGAUUUUGUAUAUGACCCUUAGAGUUAAUGUAUAUUCGAUUUUUUUU